AUGGAGACCUCUCUCGGUGCGACAAUUAGAUCUUUCUGGCAUACUAUGACCAGUUAUGACAGACACUCCUCAUUCGACUCCCCUUACCGAACCGGUCGCCAUGUCCCUCUGCAGGACGGUCGAGGUGGCAUCAUGACGGGUGUGGCAACAGCCUCUGACUCUCGAAACGACGUCUCAUCUCCGUAUACCGACGAAACAGGCCGAGGCUCCCCACGCCUGGACGCCAACACCUUCGCACCAACGGGUGCCCCAUACUCUCCCGGCCUGAGGUCAAUGAGCGCUCGCAAUGCCAGCCAGGGCGAUGGUUUCGAGGUGCAAAGCCCUGGUGACGUCCCGAUGCAGAACUUUAAUGAUGGCCUUCCACCUGCUCCCCCAGUCGCCCACUCCUGGAGGCGCAUAGAUUCCUGGGCCGAUGACAACUACCCGGAGCUUUUCGAUCAGCUUUGUGAGGGUGCUACCAACAACGACCUGAACGACCUGGAGCAUCAGCUUGACUGCUCCCUUCCUCAGGAUGUCCGCGACUCCCUUAUGAUUCACGACGGCCAAGAACGAGGAGGACUGCCCACUGGAAUCAUCUUCAGCCAUAUGCUACUUGACUGCGAAGAAAUUGUGCAAGAGUGGGACAACUGGAGGACUGUUAAUCAACAAUUGCUCGAGACCUCGGUCGCUAAGCCCUCUACCCCUUCCAAGGCUUUCGGCGGCAGCAAUGAGGCCUCUUCCUCCAAGCAAGGCGGUGGUGCUAGUAACAGCCCUGGCCCUUGGAGACAAGAUCUCAUGUCUCGCCAGGACUGUGUCCCUGCGAACGCUGUCCAAAAAGCAUACGCGCACAGCUCUUGGAUCCCUCUGGUUCGCGACUGGGGUGGCAACAAUCUGGCUGUUGACUUGGCACCUGGUCCUGGAGGCCAAUGGGGUCAGAUCAUUCUUUUCGGCCGUGACUACGACACCAAAUACGUUGUGGCUCGUUCUUGGUCUGCCUUCCUCGCUGUUGUCGCGGACGAUCUCAACAGCGGCAAGUGGUACGUAGACGAAGAUACUAGUGAGCUCAAGCUACGAGAGUUCAAGGAGACACGAGUCGAGCCCCCGUAUUUCAGCAUUUUGAGAUGGAGGAUGGACCAGAAGUACGGACGACGCGCCCCCUCCAAGAGACGAUCCAUGGGCCCCAAGCCCAGCUCUCCUCUGGGCUCGCGUUCUUCUUCCCCCUAUGGAAGCGGUGGUGAGAGCGAGGGCCGAGGUCGAUCUAUGCAGCGCCUGAGCGGUUCAUCUCCUUUGGCCAGCCCUCGACCCGGUGCUGGGCCUGGCUAUGGGAAAGCGACCCCUCUGAGUCGGGUAACGGAAGAGACAGCAAUCCCCGAGCUUGCCGACGCAUACAUCCAGCCUGAGAAGCUCGUAGAGGUUGAAACUCCUCGACAUAGCCAAGACAGCAAGACUCCCAAUGUGACCAGCAUCCCCCGCGUGGAAUCCGACCUCCUUAAGGUGGAGGAAGAGCCAUCGCCGAAGGCGAACGGCAAGAAGCCUGAGCUGGUGGAUGAACCAAUGAAGACCAUCGAGAUUUAA